AUGUGCCUGCCUGGCAGUCCGGACGAUUUCACCGCUGGCCAGCUGGCGGAUAAACUGGAGCAAGCGUUUGUGAAGAAAACGCUGAAGGAGACGGAGUGGGCGUUGUACUUCAGAAUUAAGCAGGAACCUGGAAAGACGCUCCUUGAGUUUUCGAACAGGCUACGCCGAAAAGCUACGGUUGUGGGGUUUCCAGCGACGGUGUUGGAGCAAAAUAUGAUGGUCACGUUCACCAAUGGACUGGCGAACGAAAACACCAGGCUGCACCUGAUGUCAAAGACACGCACGAAGCUGGAGGAGUGCCUGGAUAUUUGCGAGCUGUAUGAGCUCGCCCGGGGGACGAAGGAGACCACGGAGAUGGUUGAUACCAAAAGGGCGAGAAAGCCAAGGCGACAACCGCCGCGGCAGGAGCGGCAGUCGGGAGCGAGACUGCGAAGGCGGAAGCGAGACGCCGCGGUGGUCAUAUAA